AUGGAGGAGUUGAACCAGGCGCUGGCUUCCAGCUUCGCAGUGUCUCAGGACCUAAACAGCACAGCAGCCCCUCACCCCCGACUGGCACAGUACAAGUCCAAGUACAGUUCCUUGGAGCAGGCAGAGAGGAGACGUCGGCUCCUGGAACUUCAGAAAUCUAAGAGAUUGGACUAUGUGAACCAUGCCAGGAGACUGGCAGAGGAUGACUGGACUGGAGCUGAGAGGGAGGAGGAAAGUGAAGAUGCAGGCAAUGAGGAUAUGGACGUUGACAAGAAGUUGCCAAAGCGCUAUGCUAACCAACUAAUGCUUUCUGAGUGGCUGAUUGAUGUCCCCCCAGAUCUGGAACAAGAAUGGAUCCUGGUGAUGUGUCCCAUGGGGAAAAGGGCACUGAUUGUGGCAUCCAGGGGCUCCACUGCAGCUUACACCAAGAGUGGAUUUUGUGUCAACAGGUUCCCCUCCCUCUUGCCAGGGGGAAACAGGCGCAAUUCAGCAACUGGGAAAGACUACACGAUCUUGGACUGUAUCUACAGCGAAGUGAACCAGACGUACUACAUCCUUGAUGUGAUGUGUUGGAGGGGGCAUCCUGUUUAUGACUGUCAGACAGAUUUCCGAUUCUACUGGCUUCAUUCUAAGAUACAAGAAGAGGAAGGGCUGGCAGAGAAAAGCAGAAUUAAUCCAUUUAAAUUUGUGGGCCUGCAGAGUUUCCCCUGCACCCCAGAGAGCCUAUGCAAGGUGCUGGCCAUGGACUUUCCCUUUGAGAUAGAUGGGCUCCUCUUCUACCACAAACAAACCCACUACAGCCCUGGCAGCACCCCACUGGUGGGCUGGCUCCGACCCUACAUGGUAUCAGACAUCCUUGGGAUGACUGUGCCAGCUAAUCCGCUAACUACCAAACCAGACUACGCCGGGCACCAGCUCCAGCAGAUCAUUGAGCAUAAGAAGAGUAAAAAGCUGGCAGGAGAGGAGGGAUGCUUGAGCUCCAAGGAGGUGGCUGAGAACGGACAUUAUGAGUUGGAACACUUGUCUACACCUCGUCCGGCAGAAUCUCCCAACAGCCAAGUUGAGACAGCAAGCCAGAUGGAGAGCUAGACUACUGUAAUGGGAUGGUUUUAUUGAGAGGGUGAGGGGCCACAGCGCAGCCUUCUCGUUUUCCAUUAUUGCUCAUACUGGCUGGGAGGAGGAUAAUGAUCAUUGGAUGGCUCUGUUUUAAGUGCCUUUAAGGGAAAUAGGUCAGCUUUAACGCAGUUUUUGCAAGGACUGUCACUUCUGUGGAGAUGCUAAGGAUUAGUCCUACCUGCUGAGGAAAUCUGCUCUUGGGAUUGCAGCCUGUGCCAAACUGCAUGGUUACUCAUUUAGAACCUGAUCCUGUUCCUAUUGAAGUCCAUGGCAAAACUCCAUUCUCAGAGCAGGAUUCAGACACUUCUUUGUAAACUGAACACCAAAUACCAGGCCUCAGACAAACCUUAUUAGGCUGAAAAUCGGGGGCAUUUCCACCUCCAAUCCAGUGGUUUGCACUUAAUACCCUUUCGAAGAAAGUUUUGUGGUCAGUCUGAUUCUAGUUUCAGAGGGUUGCACUAUAAGCCUAAAAUCUGAAGGCUGUGUUUGACACCCACAUGUUACUGAGAAACAGACUUUCCUUGCAUCAGAACAGGCCCCUGUAUCGAAAAAUGGCCGUGUGCAAAAAGAACUCAGCAUAAUUUUAUUCUCUGACCCUUUUUGCAAUAGGGGAAAUGCCCAAGUCAUGUUGAAUCUUUGUGGUUGAAUGUGCAGAAUAAAAUGUUUCA